CAAGAAUGGGCCUGCAGCAAUCUUACAAUUCACCUACAAAUACCACAGCCUUAAAAACCCUAGACCUCUCGGACUAAAUUCACAAACAAAGCAGAGCCACAGAGCAGUUCCUCUUGUCAAUAGCCGGGACAAACAAAUGGCUGUUACUUUCAGCGACCUUGGUUCUGCUGGCUUGAAGAAGCUCGAUGAUUAUCUCCUCUCUCGCAGUUACAUCUCUGGGUACCAAGCUUCAAAGGAUGAUAUUACCGUCUACGCAGCUCUCUCAGGGGCCCCAUCGUCUAGCUAUGUGAACGUUUCUCGAUGGUUUAACCACAUCGACGCACUUUUGAGGAUCUCGUGUGUUUCUGGAGAGGGGUCUGGUGUGACUGUUGAGGGGUUUGCUCCUGCUGAGGCUGUUGCUACUCCUCCGGCUGCAGAUUCGAAGGCUGCAGCUGCUGAGGAAGACGACGACGACGAUGAUGUUGAUUUGUUUGGAGAAGAGACUGAGGAGGAGAAGAAGGCGGCGGAAGAGCGUGCUGCUGCUGUUAAGGCAUCUGGCAAGAAGAAAGAAUCCGGCAAGUCCUCGGUAUUGUUGGAUAUUAAACCGUGGGAUGAUGAGACUGACAUGAAGAAACUUGAAGAAGCAGUAAGAGGUGUUCAGAUGGAAGGGUUACUUUGGGGAGCAUCUAAGCUUGUGCCUGUUGGCUAUGGUAUUAAGAAAUUGCAAAUUAUGUUGACCAUCGUGGAUGAUUUGGUGUCGGUUGACACUCUCAUCGAGGAACAACUGACGGUUGAGCCGAUUAACGAGUAUGUUCAGAGUUGUGACAUUGUCGCAUUCAACAAGAUAUAAUGGGUAUUUACGAAUGCUUGCAAUGUGUUUCCUGGAGGGCCCUUCAAAGUCAUGCCCUUUAUGUUAUUGAUUUUGCUUGAACUUAAUUUAAGUUUUGUUAGUUUUAUGUUGGACAAUGGAUCCAUUGUGAUUGGUAUGGAA